GAAGAGUUAAAAGGAGGAGACGCGGAGUGACACGCCUCAUUGGGGAGAUUAUGCGCGGCCAACAAAACCCGCGCGUCGCCCCGCGAGUCGUCCACAGCGUCCCAACACGUCGCCCGCGCGCGCACCACCGGGACGGAGCGCGACGCGUCCUGCUUCUGACACGUUGAGGAAACAAACGCAACGUCCUUCCCUUUUUUUUCCCCCCCUUUGCAGGCUUUGCUACUUACUUAUUCGUCGCUUCUUGUGGCUCCGCUCCGGGUUGUGGAUUAUUUGGUUCCGAAUCUGCGUAAGAGAGGUCGGCGGCCAUGGAGGAGUCGAGCUCGCAGCACAAGGCGCAGCUGUGGGACGGCGACGCCAAGGCGGUGCAGCAGUGUCUGACCGACAUCUUCACCAGCGUGUACACCACCUGCGACGUGCCCGAGAGCGCCAUCUUCGGGCCGUGCGUGCUCAGCCACACGUCCAUGUACGACAGCAUCGCCUUCAUCGCGCUCAAGGCCACCGACAAGCGCACCGCUCCCUACAUCUUCCGGGUGGACACGUCGGCCGCCAACAGCACGUCAGAGGGCCUGAUGUGGCUCCGUCUGGUGCAGUCGGCCCGCGACAAAGAUGAGCAGAACCUGGAAGCCUACGUGAAGAACGGUCAACUCUUCUACCGCUCGCUCAGGCGCAUUGAGAAGGACGAAGAGCUGCUGGUGUGGUACGGAAAAGACCUGGUGGAACUGUUGCUGCUCACCGCUGCCAGGGUGCCUGCCAAGAGCAAAGGUUCAUCCCACCACUCGUGUCCGGACUGCAGUCAGAGGUUCCAGUUUGAGUUCCCAUUUUUGGCGCACCUGCGCUUCCGCUGCACCAAAAGACUGCAGAGCUUGACGGGAGCAGACGAGGAGCCAGGCAGAGAGCGCAGCCCGGAGCGGCAGAAUACGCCCCCUCGCCUCUACCAGGCCGACCCCCUGGCCGCCAAGCUGCAGGGCGCCGAGCUGGGCGCCAACUGCCCCGUGCCGGGCGGCGUGGCCAAGCAGAGCCCCUUCGUGUACGCCGCCGCCGCCGCCGCCGCCACCUUCUGGCCCAAGAACUCGGGCGGCGUCCAGCUGCAGAUGCCCUCGGCGCUCACGCUGCUGCCGCCCUCCUUCACGUCCCUGUGCCUGCCGGCCCAGAACUGGUGCGCCAAGUGCAACGCCUCCUUCCGCAUGACCUCGGACCUGGUGUACCACAUGCGCUCGCACCACAAGAAGGAGUACGCCAUGGAGCCCCUGGUCAAGCGGCGGCGCGAGGAGAAGCUCAAGUGUCCCAUCUGUAACGAGUCCUUCCGAGAGCGCCACCACCUAUCUCGUCACAUGACCUCACACAACUGACUCAGGGGCCCGGGACCCGACGCCAGGGAGCCGUCAGGGAUUGGGGAGGGGGGCUCUGCCGACGCUUCGAUGCCGCGAAAAAAUAAACAACAACAACAACAACCCUCAGAUCUGCAAUGGCCCCCUGUCAGUUAUGUGCCCUAAGAGGAGAGGUUCUCAAACUUUUGGGGUACAGGCGAGAGGUUUUUCCGUGAAGUAAAAAUGACCGGCGAUCUGAUUUGAUUGGAAAAAAACAAGCACCCAAAGUGUGUGCGUUUGUACGUGCAGCAAAGACUUUUUGUAACUUCUUUCCCGAACAACCCGACACAAAUACCUAAAUGUGAUAUUUAGCCAUCGCUGCUAGCCGAUACGCACCAAAGCGCAUUCAACGCUGCCAACGUAGCCAUUUGGUUGCUCUGUUUUUUCCGCUUUGCUUUCUUGAUUCGCUUUCAAAUAUGUGACGACACAGCAAAAACAAAUUGGCUUCAGUUUCAGGGGCUUGAGUAUUUGGAACUAUCUCUUGGAGAUGGGAACUAAAAAGCGAAUUGGCAAAUUUCCUGUGCCUGGUCAGUCGUGGCUCCUUGAGACAUUUUUUAUGUGUAUCAAUUCGCGAAAGACACGCCUACCCUAAAUCAUUUAUUGAAACAAGUUUUAGGCGGUGAAUUGUCAAAAACUGUCUGGCAGCAGUCAAAAAUGGCCUAAAAUACGGCAGGCACACUUUUCCGUCAUGGCUAUUUUUGGCAUCUCUCCUCAUGGUACGCGUGUCUACCAAAUUUCAUGCUGCUAAAAGAAAUUUCAAAAGUCUUCUAGUACAAAUUUGCGAGCUCGCAAGGGGGAGCUAAAUUUAGCCCGGGUUGUUAGCGGAAGACGUUAUGGUAAUUCGUUGAGCAUGUCUGUUUUUUGGGGGCUGCUGCAUAUGAAUUUGCUGACUGAAGCUAACCCAAGUCGGGGUUGCGUCGGGGUACUCCAAUUUGAGAACCACUGCCUUCGCGUCAUCAUCACUGACUUCACCACCCUCCUCAUGGCGACCCUGGCCGACCCCGCCGACCCCCCACCCCCCUUUGCACUCCUUUUCUGGAAGGCUCCUUUUUAAAAAAAAAAAAAAAACCCAAAUGUCCCGUUUAAUAUGAAUCUAUUUAUGAAGCACUUACACGUCUACUAAGGGAAGAUGGAAAUAUGUGUAAAUGUACAGUGAGUUGUAUUUUCUAUCCUACACGAAUAUCGACACCACGUGUGCGAGUGGGUGCAUGCACGACGACGACGACGACAAAUCUUAUCCACGCCACAUGCAGACCAUGGGUAAAUACCAAGGCUUCUGAUUUGAAAUACAGAGUGUGAUAAUGAUAUUAAUCUUGAUAAUAAGCAUAUUUUGUGUCCGUGUGGGGGGGGCGGGGGGGGCGGGGAUUUCGGUGUUUCAUUUCCGUUUGCCGGGAAAAUUUACUACGUAUGACAGUUGAUCUAAUCAUGUUGAAUGCAAUGACAAUAAAAAAAAUAGCUUUAUUUUCAAA